GCGAAGCGUGACGUUCCCAGCGCCCAUUAAACGCGUUUCAUUUGAUCUGUAAACGUCCAAAAUGCAGUCACUGAGAGUGUUUCUCAGCGAGAGACUGACAGCAGCGGCGGAGGAGAUAUUUGGAGCUGUCGAGAAUACAAUAGCCGAGUACAAAGAGGAGAUUUAUCGGUCCAAAGAUUUAGAAAUCAGUCGUCUGAGGAUGCAGCUGAGGCUUCUCAAGUCAGAGCCACGGUUGGAUAGAUGCCUCGGAGCCCAGCUGCAGCAGCUCACCCAUCACCACCCUCCUCUUCCUCCUCCUCCUCCUCCUCCUCAGCAGCUCCAUCAGUCAGUCCCUUCAGAGGAGCCUCCUGAGUCCCAGCACUGUGAGGAGGACGGGAGCGGCAGCAUGGAGCAGGAGCACGCGGAGCCCUCUCAGGUGAAGAAGGAGCAGCAGCAGCUGAAGAGCCACAGGGACUUCUGGAACGGCCACGAGGUAGAGCAGCUCGAGAGCCUCGAAUCAGACAUCAAAGACUUCAUCUUGUCUCCUUCCAGCCUGAGAAGCAGCCUGCAGGACCCCGCCUUGCUCUUCCACCCUUACCACAACAACCACGGCGAGGAGGGCAAGGAGAAACCCUACUGCUGCUCCGUUUGCGAAAAGCGCUUCAGUAACUGCUCCCACCUCGCAGCUCACAUCAGGACGCACACGGGAGAGAGGCCGUACAGAUGUGACAUAUGCAGGAAGACGUUCGUCACAACGAGCGCUCUGAACAGACACCAGACGAUCCACACUGAAGGGAAACAGUUUGUCUGCAAUUAUUGUGGUAAAUCCUUCAAGUGGAUGGAGUCUCUCGGCAGACACAUUAGAAGCGUACACAAGAGAGAUAAUGUGCCUGUAUGACUGUCAUUUAAAAAUACACUAAUGCCCACUAGAUUAGUCAUGUUGUAACUGUAUGUUAUCUAUGAGUUUAAAACACCUGAACAAAGAAUGUAGUGUCUUUCUAUGUUUUGUGAUCAAUUAUAUUGUGCAUGGACCUCAUUAAGCAUUGAAAGCCUGUAAAUGAUGUGCAAACGAAUUGUAGAGAUUCAUUGAAAGGUAUAGUGUUUUACAAAUAAAUUAUGGUGGAAGUUUUAUUACAGAAUAAAAUGUAA